AUUUGCUAAAACAUUGCUAACUUCACGACAGUGUCGCAAAAAUGUAGUAGCCAUUUACGGCAGGAGCAGUAUUCCAUGGAGUUGUGUUUACAAGCGUGGGGAGCCAACAGCUACGGACAGCUCGGACAGGGACAUGCGGAGGACCAGUCCCUUCCCCGUUUGUCGAACACCGCAGCUCUGCCGAACGGGGCGGUGGUCCGGGAGGUCACCGGCGGAGGAGGGCACUCCGUGGUGGUCACCGAGAAUGGAGAGGUGUUCGUGUGCGGACAGAACAGCAAAGGCCAGCUUGGCCUUGGCCACAAUACAGAUGUCCUUACUCUUCAGGUCUGUUCCAGCCUAAGCAAGAGAGUCACAAAAGUAGCUUGUGGUUGGGAUUUUACUCUUCUUCUCUCUGACUGUGGACAGUUAUUGGCAUGUGGCUCCAACACAUUUGGACAGCUGGGCGUCGGAGAGGCAGUCACACACUCUGAAUAUGCACUUGUUGUUGAGAGUCUGAAGGAACCAGUGGUGAGUGUAGCAGCAGGACUGAGACACUCACUUGCUGUAACUGAGUCAAGUUGUGUAUACCAGUGGGGAACUGGUCUUUUCAGUCAGGCUAAGAGAGCUGUCAGUUCAAAUCCUGUCCCAUCACACCUCAACAGUAAAGUGCCCUCUCUGGUACCUGGCCUGGACCAGAAGGCAUUCAUGGUUACUGCAGGAUCAGCCCACUGUGUGUGCCUCACAGGAGACGGUGAUUUGUUUAUGUGGGGAAGCAACAAGCAUGGUCAGCUCACAUCCACAGAGCCCUUCUUGUUUUGUCCCACUCUUCUGAAACGGUCCCUCCUGGGUGGAGAAAAAGCUGUUAAAAUGUGGAGUGGAUGGACACAUACUGUUGUCCAAACAGAGAGUGGAAAAGUGUUCACAUGGGGAAGAGGAAAUUAUGGACAGCUGGGCCGAGUGGCAUCAACCAGUCAGAACGCAGAGCAACAGUCAGCCGGUCCUUUGGCAGAAGGUGGCCGUCAGGAGGCCCGCCUCCCUGCAGAGGUUAAAGUCCUCUGUGGAGCAACACAGAUCGCGUGUGGAUCUGAACAUAAUCUUGCAAUUGUAGGGAGGUGUCUCCUCUCGUGGGGUUGGAACGAACAUGGGAUGUGUGGAGACGGUUCAGAGACUGACGUCUUCCAGCCACAUCUCAUUCCUGGUCUCAGACCUCUUCUCAUUGGCUGUGGAGCUGGACAUUCUAUGGCAGUGUGCGCUGCGACAACUGACUCAACACAGUCCCUGCAUUCUCCUCUUCAAUAACAUCGGAUGAGGAACAUUAAUUCAGCAACUAACUCUAAAUAUAGAGUGACUUUGUCCACUCAUUUCCGCUGACUUAUCAGGUCUAUCCUUUCCGAAUGCAGGUACCAGUUGUAUAUUUUAAGGUAACUUUCUCCCUCUGGUUGGCCACCUGAUCUCUUUGAGGAGGUCAGACCUCAAAGUGCUGUUGCCAUAAACACCGUCAUGUGGUCAGACACAGGCUGAGUUAUGUUUCCGUUAGAUAGAAUCCAUCAUUUUUCUGACCAACCCGUCAGUUUGAUGGACAUGAUUAGGGCUGAUGGCUUUGCAGGACAUGGCUUUCCCUAUGGCUCCUGGACCACCUGCCAUGUUCGUCUUCCUGAGUGAAGCCGUUAAGGACAUGUGAGGGAUGGGCUACACUUGUGCUGUAGCUCCAUCUUCCCAUGUCAGCAGUUUUAUUACUGUGAUCUUGCAUGUCAGGAGGCUGUCAGUCUCCUUACUUGAAAUGGAAACGCAUUGAAAACCUCUGGGUUAUGGUCAGUCAUGAUUUACCUCUUACACGUGCAGUAUUUUAUUUUUUCCGGCUGUCCAUCACUUCUUUAUACUUUUGUCAGUUUAUGUUACAUUCUUUGACCUUCUCUUUGCCUUGUUUGCACCACUUUCAUACUCCAUACUUCAUUAAUCCCUCCCGGGGGAAAUUAUUCUUCUGCAUUUGACCCAUCCUAAAUAUUUAUAAGCAGUGAAUGUCCGCAGUGCAGCACCUGGGGAUCAACUGUAGGCCUGAGGCCAGCACCUUGAUCAAGGGCAGUGGCCGCGUUGAAAAUGGCUGAUGAUUGAAAAGUUAGCGUCAAAAUGCACUUUUUUAUUUUAGCAUUUUAAUUUUAUGAUUAUGCAAAUCACUGAAUUAUGCAUUGAGAGUUAAAUUAUUUAUCUUUUUUUACCUGAAUUAGUUUGGAAAAAAUAAAUCAACACUCGCUGAAAAAUGAUCAUUUCUGUGUUUUUUUUAUUUGAUCACUAUUUAUUGUACAAGCCUGAACUGUAUUGGUCAGAAAAGACACAAAAAAAUAUCCCUAAACCACAAACCAAUCAAAACGAUCACUGAACACCUUAUUGAGAUAACUAACCACAAAAUGCACGGUGUUCAAAACACACACUCUUCCCACUAAACGGCACACAUUAGUUGCCUCUUAGUUGCAUUAUUAAUUCCAUUAAUGAUAACAGCCACUUUUUUUUUUCUUCAUUAAAUCCAUGUCUUACAAUGACCAGCACACAGUCCCCCAUUGUUGCUCAGCUCUAUUGGCAGAUCCAGAUCUGUUGUACCUGACAGCAGAGAGAUCAGAGUAGGUUGUUGGCAGUGUGUUUGCAGUUUGGUAGAAAGUUGGUCCCUUUUCACUACCUCUUCCACACAAACUAUGAUGCUGUACUUUUAACUUAUGGCUGCCCUAUGUUUUAACCAUUUCUUGCCUUUAGAAGCUGAUGUACAGAUAUGGGGAUUGCUAUUUUAUGUGUGUACUUUCUGAGUACUGAAAAGAUGUUGGUUUUCAAUGGAUUAGACUAAUUGCUAAUUUAAAAGGAAAUGUAAUCCAUUUAUCAUGUUGGUUCAACUGUAUCAUUGAAGGGUGAGGAGAAUUUGCAUUAACAUAGGCACUUGUCCAGUAUGAUAUAUGUAAUGUUUUAGCAUUACUUAAUAUUAGAUACUAAUGUACUAAUUUGCACAUGUACACUAAAAGAAUAAAUGCCAGUUCUAAAUGAUUGUCAAUUGAAAAUGCAUUUCUAAGUAAUAAUGACCAUCUUAUCUGAAAUCUAAGGUAAUUAUUAAUAGAUAUAUCAACAUUUAGUGAAUAUUGAAUAUCUAUCAUUGCUCUUGAAAUAAAUCCAAAGAUUUGCUUAACCAACAAAAUAAUUCUAAACUGCACACAUUACCAUUUUAAUGCCUCUAAUACAAGGUAAGAAUGGUGCUUUUUUUUAAGAAUGAUUAGUUAAAAAAUAUGAUCUUUUGUUUUGUGGAUGUUAUCUCUCUGAUGCCUGAAAACAUAUCAAAGGAAUGUUAAAAAUUCACUGGUGCAAAACGGUGCAAAAGUCUACAAAAAUGUGACCAUGACAGUGCAAAGUUAAGGGUUUUGUUUUCAUCUGUUUUGUUUGGCUGACAUGACAAGUGACAAGUUUUUGCUGGGGGUGAUUAAAAUCGGAGCAACAUUUUUUUUUUCUUUUUUUUUUUUUUGUUGAACAGAAAAAGCACACAAAUAUUUGAUGAUCACUCAAAACAUUGGUA